ACUCUGUGAGAAGAGCUCUUCGAUGGUAAAAGUUAAAAAUAUCUGUAUUCGAGUCUUCCGCUUCCUGUUCCGACUGUACAGCGUGCACUUGUUGCUGUUGGGAGAAGAUGUCUUCUGCUGAAGAUUCUGACGAUAAUGUGGAAGUUGGAGAGAAGACACGUCGUCUUGUCAUGGCUCACAAUAGAAAGAAGAAAAAAUCUGGUGGCUUUCAGGCAAUGGGUCUGUCUCAUGCUGUUUACAAGGGAGUGACCCGUAAAGGAUACAAAGUGCCAACUCCAAUUCAACGCAAGGCCAUCCCAGUGAUUCUAGAAGGUAAAGAUGUGGUUGCCAUGGCACGGACUGGCAGUGGCAAGACUGCAGCAUUUGUGGUGCCGAUGUUGGAAAAAUUGCAAGAACACUCUGCUAAAGGAGCUCGAGCCAUUAUUCUCUCACCAACUCGUGAGUUGGCUGUGCAGACACUGAAAUUUACCAAAGAGUUGGGCAAGUUCACAGGUCUGCGAGCUGCUGUCAUUCUUGGAGGUGAUAAGAUGGAAGAGCAGUUUUCUGCUUUGCAUGAAAAUCCUGACAUUAUCAUUGCCACACCAGGACGUUUUCUGCAUGUGCUUGUGGAAAUGAACAAACGUCUCACUGAUGUGCAGUACAUUGUCUUUGAUGAGGCAGACAGGUUGUUUGAGAUGGGCUUUGCAGAGCAGCUGCGAGAAAUUCUUCACAGGGUUCCUGAGUCUCGCCAGACCCUUUUGUUUUCUGCUACUCUCCCUAAGUCUCUUGUUGAUUUUGCACAGGCAGGGCUGUCUGAACCAGUUCUCAUUCGUCUGGAUGUGGAGACUAAGCUGAGUCCACUACUAAAGAUGUCAUUUUUUGCCUGUCGUCCUGAUGAAAAAGUUUCUAUGUUGAUUUACCUGCUUCGGGAGCUUUCUGCAAAGAAUGAACAGACUGUGGUCUUUACUGCUACCAAACAUCAUGUUGAGUAUCUUCAGAUGUUGCUGUCAAGGGCAAAUAUCUCCAACACAUACAUCUAUAGUUCCCUUGAUCAAACUGCUCGAAAGAUCCAUGUUGCACAAUUCCAACAGAAGCAUGUUAAAGUUUUGGUUGUGACAGAUUUGGCAGCACGAGGGAUUGAUAUUCCCCACUUAGACAAUGUCAUCAACUACAACUUUCCUGCAAAAGCCAAGCUGUUUGUCCAUAGAGUUGGUCGUGUGGCUCGAGCAGGACGAAGUGGUGUAGCUUACUCGUUGAUUGCAGCUGAAGAGCUCCCAUAUCUUGUUGACUUGCAUGUCUUCCUUGGACGAGAAAUCAAAGUGGUUCCCCCUGAUGGACAGCAAGAUGAUAGUGAUGGUUACUAUGGUAGCAUCCCACAAAGACUUUUGGAUGAUAUGGCAGAAGAAAUGAAGCUUCUUCAUGAUGGAUCAGUUGACUUGAAAAACCAGUUGCGUGUCACUCACAAUGCUUACAAGCAAUAUAUCCGAUCACGGCCUCCUGCAGCAACAGAAUCUAUCAAACGAGCCAAGCAAAUAGAAAAUGAAAUGGUGCUUGGAAUGCAUCCUGUCUUGAAUAAAGUCAGGGAUGCAGCAGAAAGUGAACGCUUACAAGUUUUGUUUGCUUUGAAAGCUUUCAAAACCAGAAAUACAAUAUUUGAAGUCAACACUGCAGCAAAGAAGCCAGGGUUAGCAGUGAUGAAAGAAAAGAGGUUAAUGCAUGGCAAAAUCAUUGAUGCACGGCGGUCUCAGCAAAAACAUUCAAGUGCACGGCCCCCUGAGCAAGGAAGUUGCAGCAAACAGGAUGUCAUAGAUGAAGAUGUUGAUGGUGUUUUCAGUCAAGUGAUUGGCUCAUCGGAAAGCAAGAAGGAUAAGAGUGCAAGAGGUCAGAAAAGAAAGAAGAUGCUUCAGGUGAGAGACCCAGAGAACUACCUGUCCUACAGACCAGCUGACCAUUCUACUGAGUCAGGGUACAAAGUAACUGAUAGUUUUAGUCAACAGAUGAAUGGGGCUGUUCUAGACUUCACAGGUGAUGAUGCACAAACAAUGCACAACUUGAAAAACAUUCGCAAAUGGGAUCGUAAGCGAAAGAAGUUUGUAGGAGAGAGCGGUGAAGGUAAAAAGAAAAUAAAGACUGAAAGUGGUCACUGGAUCCCUGCUUCAUACAAGUCAGAUUUUUAUAAAACUUGGCUGAAACAACAGCAGGUAGAUGAGGAACGUGAUGAGAUGGAGGAUGACAACAACAGUGGUAAUCACAAGGGUGGCAAGAAAAGGGGCUUCCAAGUGAUGGGGACAAGAGGACGAAAACGAUACAUGGCAGAGGCAGCUAAUUCUUCACAGAAAGGAGGCAAACGCAAAUUCAAGUCUGGGAAGCUGAAGUCAUCUGAUGAAAUUCUGAAGGAGAGAAGAAAGAAAGCCAAAGUUCAGGCAUUCCAGAAACAGAGACAGAUUAUCAAUUCUAAAAAACAGGCAAAAGGCAAAAAGCGCUAGACGAGUUGUUUAAUAAAAUGUUACAAUUUUGUUUCA